CCCGCCGCAUAACUCUUCACCGCCAAAGUUUCUCGCGACGUUCUCCGGGGAUCGGGAGUUGUUUUUUGGUUGCGCUCUGUGAAAGGACGCAGGGUUGUGUUCGCGGAUUUUCAAGAGAUUGAGUUACAGUUUCGAUUGGAUGAACUCUCUGAGGAGAGUGGCAUCAUUCCAAAUGUGGUUCCAUCGGAAGUUCGAAGUUCAGUAAUAAGGUUAUAAACAUGAGGUGAUUUGAGUCCCAAGUGAUACGUCUGGCGUUAUCACUUGUCUCUGGUCUGUUGUUUCGCGGGCGGUAGCAGUGCUGGACGGUGUUCGGAUUGUGUGUCGUCAUCACCGUUAUCUUGCCGAGGACCACGACGAGACCAGCAUCGAGUCGAGCAACUUUCUCUGACUGCCUCGAUCAUCAACUCAUUGACUUUCAUCCGCGGUUUCAUCCUGCUUGAAAAUGGACGAAUCCGGGAUAGAUAUGGGCUUCGAUUUGGCCGCUCUAACGAACGCUGAGGACUUUGAUUUGGAAUACAACAAUGAUUUCGAACAGGCAUUGUCUCUACUCUCGACGUCACAGGACUUCAUGUACUAUGAACUCAAGAGUCGGGCGCCCGACACUGGCAGUCCACCGACCUUCAAGACAGCAACACCUACUUCUCGUACACAAUUAAAGCUGCAGUUGAUGCGCGAGCAGCUGCAGGAACAAGAGAGACGAGAAGCUGAAUUCAGACAAAAUUUGCAACAACAAAGACCUGCAGCUGCACCUCCAAGACCUGUUCCACCAACACCUUUACCAACUAUCGGAGUUGAUGUUCCACCUCAAGUUUUGCAAGUGAGGACCUUAUUGGAGAACCCAACCCGCUACCAUGUGGUUCAGAAGCAGAAGAACCAGGUUCGACAAUAUUUACACGAGUCGUUCCGUGGUGCAGACGAAGGUGUGGUCACUGGCAUUCACAACAGCAUUGGGAGUGAUGGGUGUGGUGGUGGUGGAACCCCCCUUGACACGGGACCCCAACAAAUGCCUAUGGUGGUCCACAGUGCACCCCCCGGACCUGCUGCUCAUCAUCCAAAACCACAACAUCCUCACAUGGCAUCAUAUCCUCAUGCACCUACGUUAUUACCUCACACACAUGCUGUUACUCCAAGUCCUGACCCUACCGCAGGAGCCAUGUCUCCUGAUCUCUCGAGUGUCGCCACCAGCAACUCUGAGGCAGAGGACCUUUUAGACGACAUUUUGUCGUUCGAGGCUGGGGCCUUGGGUGAUUUGAAGGAUGGCCAAUCAGGAAGUCUUUCUGACCUUCAAAUAAAACCAGAACCCUUGUUACUUACAGACGCAGAGAUUCACGCUUUAGCCAAAGAUAGACAAAAGAAGGAUAAUCACAAUAUGAUUGAACGACGGAGACGGUUCAACAUCAAUGACAGGAUCAAGGAGCUCGGCACCCUUCUACCCAAAACCAAUGACCCUUAUUACGAGAUCGUCAGGGACGUUCGACCUAAUAAAGGCACCAUCUUGAAGUCAUCUGUAGAGUAUAUAAAACUCCUUAAGAACGAACUAACGAGGAUGAAGCAAAGCGAACUGAGGCAUAAACAGCUCGAGCAUCAGAACCGGAGGUUGCUCUUACGUGUUCAGGAACUGGAACUCCAGGCGAAGGCACAUGGACUUCCGUUGGCGAGUUUUGGUUCGCAUUGGGGUUCCACGUCAGGAGGCCUCCUCGACGCUUACGCGAGACACAAAAUGGAACAUCGAAAGAUGCCAGAUGUGAUAACGGAUGGAGCAGCAGCGUUAAGUAUGUCGCAGUUGGAGGACUUGAUGGAAGAUGAUGCAAGUGGACCAGUUCAUAGCGGCGAUCCCAUGCUGUCGUCUCCUCACCUUCCACCUUUGAGUCCACCUGCUCCCGCGUGUCAUCACCCUUUACCCGACGAAGACACCCUCGGUAGUUUGGCACCAACGUCCUCGAAUCCCUCUGACAUGGAUAUCGUUGCGUAGCCAAAAGCCUCCAUCUCCUGUAUCACACGAUCAUCUGUGAGCACCUGCGGCCUUCACACUGUUGCCAAAGUUCCCAGGAAAUCUUUAGACAAUUCUAGUUUUAAAUCAUUUCCCCAGUCACAGUUCAUCAAAUAUAGUCUUCACUGAUCUAGCCACCUUACCUCAUUCUUAAGAAAUGACUCGAUAAAAUAUUGUACAGUAACGAGGAAGGAGGUAGAAAUCAGAGUUUUGAAAGGUCAUCCAAUCAAUUGGCAGUUGAACGUGAAAACUUCGCUCUACACUUUUUCCUUCAGUGGUGCCUUUUUUUUAAACCAAGAUCGAUUACGCGUUCGAGCGGAAGAGAAGUUUGUUUCGUUGAAGAAAUUGAAAAACGGGAGAGUGCACAUCGACUCAAUUAUCUUCAUGUUAUCAGGAUAAAGAACUCGGAUAGGAACAAUUCGAAAUGUAGAGUAAAGAUACUGAGAGGAAAAUUCUACCAUUUUCCAUUCCAUUUUUCUCCAUCCUUGAAAAUACUAAGACUGUACUCCUCGAGAGAAGAGUGGAAACUGAAGAGAGCAAAUUAAGGAGAAUCACCGUUCGAAAAAGACAUGCACUUCCGUUUCCUGGUUUCAAGAAAUGCAAGCGACUUCUUGGACCUCGUUUUCAAGUUUUCUGUCCAAACCAAUUUCUAGAAGGGAUCAGCUGACGUCCUAAUGCUUCAGCGCUCAAUCCUGACCGCGAUAUCAAUCUUGUGCAGCAUCCCAAAUUUCACGGACAUUGCUCAGUUAGGAAGUUUGCUAAUAGUGAUUGCGAGAAGCGCUCGGUCGUUGCUGAUCCGGAGAAAGCGAUAUUAUAGUUAAGGGUGUGCCAACUAUCACGCCUUUGAUGCGCGGUGACUCCGGAUAGAAUCCAGCCUUUGUGUUCAGCGACCUGUCGAUUCCGAAGUUGAAAUCUAGAUCCUAGAACUUAACUCCAGUGAGACACUUUUGCUCAGAAACUCCGUACAACUUUGGCAACGAAGGAUCUUUCAAUUACGAAUGUAAAUUAUUUCCAUAGUCAAUUUUACUUGUAAUUUUCUUACCUUUUUCACGCCUAGGAAACUCACGUGUGAAAAUUGAGGAACGACGCUUCUGCGCAGACAUUACGGUGCUUCAUGACAUCUUUUUUUCUAGAUUUUCUAUAACUUUGACUUGAAAAUUUCUUUCUUACGAUGAGAAAAUGAUGUGAUUAUUUUUACUGAUUUGAAAAAAAAAAUU